GCSGCGGCGGCGUUUGAGUGGAGGAAGAUGGCGGCUCGGGGCGGCUCGGGGUCCCCCCAGCUGUGAGGAUACCCGAGCACGGCCAGCGCGACCUGGGGCACAGCGCCUCUGUUCUGGCCCUGUCCUCGGCUCCCUCCCCACAGUCGCCAGCGGAGAGAACCCGAGAGCGUGGAGCGGGCUGGGCCAGGAUGUUUGUUUCUUGUCUACUCCAGCUGUCAAGUGGAAUGUCAUGGCCAGCUCCUCGGACAGUGAAGAUGACAGUUUCAUGGCUGUGGACCAAGAAGAAACUGUGCUGGAAGGGACAAUGGAGCAAGACGAGGACCCCCACCCAGUACUGGAUGUCGAGGAGCCUAGACAUGACAGGUCCAUGUCUGAGCUGCCAGAAGAGGUCUUGGAGUAUAUCCUGUCCUUUCUCUCACCGUAUCAGGAACAUAAAACCGCAGCCCUUGUCUGCAAACAGUGGUAUCGACUUAUCAAAGGUGUGGCCCACCAGUGUUACCAUGGUUUCAUGAAGGCUGUCCAGGAAGGAAACAUUCAGUGGGAGAGCCGGACUUAUCCUUAUCCUGGAACCCCAAUCACUCAGCGGUUUUCACACAGUGCAUGCUAUUAUGAUGCUAAUCAGUCUAUGUAUGUGUUUGGAGGCUGUACCCAGAGCAGCUGCAAUGCUGCCUUCAACGAUCUCUGGAGACUUGACCUCAAUAGCAAAGAAUGGAUCCGACCUCUGGCUUCAGGGUCUUACCCUUCCCCAAAGGCCGGAGCAACCCUGGUCGUGUACAAGGACCUGCUAGUGCUCUUUGGUGGCUGGACACGGCCAAGCCCUUAUCCUCUACACCAACCGGAGAGAUUCUUUGAUGAAAUACACACCUACUCGCCCUCUAAAAACUGGUGGAAUUGCAUUGUGACAACCCAUGGGCCACCUCCCAUGGCCGGCCACUCCUCCUGUGUGAUAGAUGAUAAAAUGAUCGUCUUUGGUGGCUCUUUAGGAUCCCGGCAAAUGAGCAAUGAUGUCUGGGUCCUUGACCUCGAGCAGUGGGCAUGGUCCAAGCCGAACAUCUCUGGCCCUAGUCCUCAUCCUCGAGGUGGCCAAUCUCAGAUUGUCAUAGAUGAUGCAACUAUCUUAAUCCUUGGAGGGUGUGGUGGUCCCAAUGCUCUAUUUAAGGAUGCUUGGUUGUUGCACAUGCAUUCAGGUCCCUGGGCCUGGCAGCCACUCAAGGUAGAAAAUGAAGAUCACGGGGCUCCAGAAUUGUGGUGCCAUCCAGCCUGCCGGGUGGGACAGUGCGUGGUGGUCUUCAGCCAGGCUCCUAGUGGGAGAGCCCCCCUCAGCCCCAGUUUGAACUCUCGUCCAUCACCUAUUAGUGCCACUCCUCCAGCCCUGGUCCCCGAAACCCGAGAGUACCGCUCCCAGUCUCCAGUAAGGAGUAUGGAUGAAGCGCCAUGUGUUAACGGCCGCUGGGGAACGCUGAGGCCCAGGGCUCAGAGGCAGACUCCCUCAGGUUCCCGGGAAGGGAGCCUCUCCCCAGCUAGAGGAGAUGGCUCUCCCAUCCUCAAUGGUGGGAGUUUAUCUCCAGGAACAGCAGCUGUUGGUGGUUCUUCCUUGGACAGCCCUGUACAGGCCAUAUCACCAAGCACUCCAUCUGCCUCUGAAGGAUAUGACUUAAAAAUGGGACUUUCUUUGGCCCCCCGAAGAGGGUCUUUACCAGAUCAAAAAGAUCUGAGAUUGGGGUCGAUAGAUCUGAAUUGGGACCUGAAACCUGCUUCUGGUAGCAAUCAUGUGGAUGGUAUGGACAACAGGACGGUUACAGGGAGUGUGAGACACCUUCCAGAACAGACCAAUGGUGUCCAUACCCCUCCACAUGUGGCCAGCGCCCUUGCAGGGGCUGUCUCCCCUGGUGCCCUGCGUCGGAGUCUGGAAGCCAUCAAAGCAAUGUCAUCCAAGGGCCCCUCAGCUUCUGCAGCACUAAGCCCUCCUCUUGGGUCUUCUCCAGGCUCCCCUGGGAGCCAGAGCCUGAGCAGUGGAGAAACAGUGCCCAUACCCCGCCCAGGGCCUGCCCAAGGAGAUGGACAUUCCUUACCCCCCAUUGCCCGCCGCCUGGGCCACCACCCUCCACAGUCCCUCAAUGUUGGCAAACCCCUGUACCAGAGUAUGAACUGCAAGCCCAUGCAGAUGUACGUGCUGGACAUCAAAGAAACCAAGGAGAAGGGGCGGGUCAAAUGGAAAGUGUUUAAUAGUAGCUCUGUGGUCGGGCCUCCUGAAACCAGCCUGCAUACAGUGGUACAAGGCAGGGGCGAACUCAUCAUAUUCGGAGGACUCAUGGACAAGAAGCAGAAUGUGAAGUACUACCCAAAAACAAACGCCUUGUACUUUGUACGAGCAAAGAGAUAAUGUGUUCAAAACCCCYUUCCCUUCUGUGGCUUUUAAUUUGGAAUUUUCCAGUGUGUGAGCAUUUGGACUGAGAAUUGGGAAAACAGCAUUACUCCCCGAAACCAAAACUCCAAUUCCCAGCCUACUCAUGCCAGGCUGGGACCAAAUCUCCAUUAAGAAAAAAAUUAUAUAUGAAAAUAUAUAUAUAUAUAUUAUAUAGCCAACUCUGUUUACAAAAAAGGGAGAGAGCUCCGUCCUGUUCAGAUAAAAUCGUUGCUGUGUUUUAGCAGAGGCUGUGCUGCCUUUUUCUACUUUGCUGUUAAAUAGACCAAGAAGUUAGGGAACAGACUAGCAAUCAGUAAUGUUCCAAAAGAAACUGAAGAGCCCCUGUAAAUCUUUACGUGGCCUUCUCAGAAUUAGAAAACGGAAGGGCAUAGACAAGAUGCAAAGGAUUUCAGCCCCCGCCCCGUGCUACAGGUGCUGGCAGGGUAAAAGUAACUUAAAGAAAACUGUCCUUCCCCUUCUCUUAAAACCGCAGAGGACCUGUGACAGCUCUGCAGAGAUUCCCUGUGUCUGGUUUCCUUCUGCCCUCUGACUGAGGGAAGUCCCUCAGCAGGGGAUCUGUUCCACAUGUGCCAGGAUCAUCUUGAAAUAAUGUUUCCGACAUCUGUCUGCCAAGUGUCCAUUGGUCUUUUGAGUGCUCCCUGCAUGUCUCAGAAAACGUGGUGUCUGAUUGUGGAAUUUUCUGACAAUCGUAUUUGGUUGCAAGUUGCCAAAAACCAUGUUUGUUCUCCUUUUCCUUCUUUAGAAUCAGUCCUCCCUGCUGCCUUACCCUGUUUAUAGGCUGCUAUAUUCCCAAACUCCCCCAUUUUGUUUGUUUGCAUAUGGAUUUUUUAAAGCUCUGUAACCUUUCUCACUGUCUUUUCUUUUACAAAGCUCGGGUGCCUGGAGAAAUCAGAACACUUUCCCUGGUGUUACUAGGAGGCCAGUGUCAUGAAGAAUCCUUAAACCCUCAAGACACUGGGUUUCCCCUGUGGGCUUCUCUUACUUCCAAAGCACAUUGGGCACACCUGUCCAUGUUUGUGGAAUGUGAAAUUUGAUCCUGGAAGGGAAUCCUCACAACAGUUCCUUCCAGAAAUGUUUUUUUCCCCCUGUGACAUGUCAUCUGCCUGGCGACUGGGUUGAGCGUCAUGUUCUUGACUUUUGUGACACAUGGCUGGCCUGGGGAGUAGAUCCAUCCUCUUAUUCAUGCGUCACCCAAGCAGGGCUUGGACUUAGACUUUGCUUCAUUUCUGUGAUAAGGUGCAGCCUAGUAGCACAUUUUUUUGGUUAAAACAGAAAGUUGCAGGUCACUAGUCUAAACCAAGGCUGGACAUGAGAUGUCAAAGUAAGUUUAUUUCAAGUGACACCAUUAAAAUAUGGAUUUUUGGCGAUUUAUCCUCAGUGGAUAGAGGACUUUAAUUUUGUCCUUAGGGCUUAAAUUUUAAAACAUCAUGUUUCUCACCCCCACGCUUGUUUUCUUGUUAGCAUUUCCCAAGCACAGGCCAGGGCUGCAGCUGGCCCUGAGUCCUGGCUCUUAGCCAGCGCUUAGCUGUCUGAUAAGUGUUUUCUCCGGUUACAUCAUGAUGAACCCUUCCCUUAGCCAUUUGCUCUGCCUUCGUGGUCUUUGUGGGACAGGCCCCUUGGUGCCAAGCCCAGCAAAGGCCCUUUCAUAGGGAGAGGUAUGUGUUCCAGAAACUGCUGUACAUGCUCCCUCAGRUGAGGAAACGACCAUGUGCCUACUUCCUGCGGUAUCCCACUACUCCAAGCCACGUACUCGGCUUUCCAACUCCCCUUCUCUGCAGCUGUGGCCAGUCCCUCCCUGGCCAAGACCAUCUAAUCGUGUGGGGUCUUGAUUCACAAAGCGAAGCCAGCCCAGAAGAUCAGCAAUUUCUGCAUUGCUGCUGCUGCUGCUGCUGAACCUUGGUCAUGACAUYGUGUUUGUGCAUGGACCGUGCCUCCAAACUUAGUCCUACUUGGAUAUCAACUACUCGGAAGCCUGAAAAUUCAGAAUCUCCACUUUGUAAUCUUUCCCUUUGUCCUGUGGCCUUCUUAACCUAGCUGUAAGCUGUUGGUUCCUUCUACUUUCCCCCAAGUAGCAGGCAGCGGAAAUGCUGGUCCUCUUAGAAAAUAACCCAGUUGCUCUGAACUCCAUGGCACCCCAGUGUUACCCACGCUGCUGGGAACCAGACUGUCCGUUUACA